AUGCCAAAGAAUAAGAAGAUUGAAGAAUCAUCAUCAGAUUCAGAGGAUGAAAAGAACAUUGAACAAUCAAGUGUAUCAUCAUCUGAAUCAGAGGCAGAGUCUGACGAUGAUAAAGUGAUGAAGAAGACUACAACAACAUCAUCAAAAAGUGAUAGUGACUCAGAUUCAUCAUCACCAUCAUCAGAGUCAGAGUCAUCAGAGUCAGAGUCAGAGGAAGAUGUAAAGAAGUCAACAACAACUACAACUACAACAAAAACAACAACAACAUCAACAAAACCAAAGAAUAGAACAAUUGAGGACGAUGAGGAUGAUAGUGAUGAGAGUGAUGACGAUGAUAAUGCAAUGAUGGAUUCAAGAUCAUGGAAUGAUGACUUCCUUAGAUUGUUGCCAAUGUUGAGCAAUAAGGAUAAGUCAUUGUAUGAUAAGGACUUGAGGUUCUUUAGUGAGGAGCAGAGACAGAAGGACUUGGAGAGUUUGAAGCAAUCAUCGUUGGCCAAGAACAAAGACAAAAAGAAGGAGAUCACACUUAGACAGAUUGAGAAGGAUAAGAUCUUGGCUUCAAUGGACAAGGAUCAGUAUGAGGGCAGUGAUGACGACCAGGAGGACGACGACGAGGAUGACGAGGACAUGCCCGCACGUCCACAAUCAUUCGACGAUAUGCCUUAUGUCAAGCAACAAGAGCAUCUAAAGAAUGCAUUCAAGAUGGCCAUGGCCGAUGAUGACGAGAACGAUGGUGACAACGCCGAUCAGGACAGCGACGAGGAAGAUGAUGGCGAGUUGCUCAAGAAGAGAAAGAGGACCGAGGAGGAGGAGGAGCGCGAGAAUGAGGAGUUUGAGGAGUUCAAGAAGCGUGUCACUUUGAACAAGGAUGAGGACAGCGCACUGGCAAUCGAGGACUACUGGAAGUCAAAAAAGAUCGACAACGAGGACGAGAAGUUCCUGCGCGACUACAUCGUUGGCCAGAAGUGGAUGUCCGACUCAACCAAGCUGCCCACGUACGAGGAGAUCAUCGACGAGAUCGACCGCGACCGCGAGGACCUCGACCGUCAGGACAACUUUGAGCACUCAUUCAACUUUAGAUUCGAAGAGCCAGGCUCCAGCGUGCUGAUCACCAACCCGCGUAACCCGGGCGACUCUAUCCGUCGCAAGGAGUCCAAGCGCAAGGCCAAACGCGAUCGCAAGAAAGAGAGAAAGGAGGAGGAGCGCGAGAAGCAGGAGGCCGUACUGAAGCGUCUAAAGAACGAGAAGAAGAAGGAGAUCCUCGAGAAGGUCAAGGAGAUCCAUGGCAUCACAGGCAGCACAGCACUGGACAUGGACCCAGAGAGCAUCAGGAGCAUGGAUCCAGAGAUCAUGAUCAAGGAGUUGGUGGAGAGCAAGUCAAAGAAGCGUCAGAAGCACGAGCAGGCUGAGCAGGAUAAUGAAGAGGGUGCUGGUGACUAUGAAGGCGAGGAAGGAGAUGGACAGAUGGCACUCGAUGACUACAUGGACUCUGGUUAUUUCGACGAAGACGACGAUGGAGAGGAAUGGUCCGAAGAGCGACUGCUCAAGGAAAAGAAAGAGUUGGAGGCAAUGUUGGACAACUAUUAUGGUGUCGAUUAUCAAGAUAUUAUUGAUGGCGAUACACCAGUCCGAUUCAAGUACGUCAAUGUCGACUCCAAUGAUUACGGCCUGUCCCUGGACGACAUUCUGUCCAAGGAUGACAAUGAGCUGGAAAAGGUUGCUCCACUACAUAAGCUAGCACCAUAUUACAAUGAGGCAAUGCAAUAUCAGAAGAGACAAGUCAAGAAGAACACCAACAGUAAAUACCAGACAUGGUCGAAUAAGACAUUUACUUUGAAGGGUACCAAUAGACCAUUAUUCCGUAAGCCAGCUGCUGUCAAGAAGGUUGCCACUGGUGCACCAUCAACAACAUCAUCAGCCACCUCACCAUCAGCAGCAGCAGCAACAGAAUCAGCAUUCCAACUGGACAAGAAGAAGAGGAAGAGCAAGAACAAGAAUAUACUCAAGCAGUAA